AUGGUCGUAUUUUCCCAUCGUCGAGAUAAUCCCAGGGACAAUGAAGGUGCGCUCAAUAAAAGCAUAAAUCUUGGCUGUAGGAUUUCGCGCAGGAGUAUCGUCGCCACCUUGGGCAAUUUCGACAGAUAUAAACGCACGAAUUACUGUGAUGUUUGGUUUCGUUUCUCGCGUAAAAUGGUGCAGGGGUUUUGGCGUUGGUGGGCAGCUGCUGACACUACUCGACUCGUCGUGUGGUCGGGUAGGCCGAAGCGCUACCGUGAGCAAGUUGACUUUAAUCUAACUCUGGACUCUCUUCGCGGCUUACCAAUUUUUGCAUGCAUGAUCGUCCCUGGCGGCUUCGUUAUUCUUGGCGCUUCCCUCUAUUUAUUACCCACAUGGUUUGUUCUCCCGCGAACAUUUUGGAAUAACAGCGAUAUCCGACAGUUUCUUAAACGUCAAUAUUCAGACAGAGAAGCUUUCCGCAAAAACAUAGAAAAUUAUAUUACUGAAUUCCGCCGUCUCAACCCAGAUAACCCAGAAGGUUAUCAAACCUUACCAUUAGAUAAAUUACCUUACGAUGUUCUUCACGCUUUGGCGCAAGGGCACGGCUUCUACCUUUCUACAAAAUUCCCAAUCGAAGCUGUUUUGAAACAGAGACUGAUGACGUUUCUAAGAAAUUUGAAUAAACAAGACAGAAUGCUCAAAUCUGAAUCAAUUGUUGGCUACCUCACUCAUCGUGAACUCGCAUGGGCUUGCUAUCGCAGAGGCUUUUUCCCCACAAAUGUCCUGAAGAUUUCAUCGCGCGGCAUAUUGCUUAAAACGACUAUGGGCUUGCUCGCUGAACGCAGGAGUAAAUCGCGCUGGGGCGACGAUCCGCGUGGCAAAAAAUGGUCAGACGACAAGAACAAGAAAUCAGUAAAAAUGAUGGAGAAGAUGGGCUGGACUUUUGGAAACGGAAUCGGUGCGAACGAAGACGGCCGUAAAGAGCACGUAAAGAUCCGCGUGAAGCAAGACAACCGCGGAGUUGGCUGCUCCUUGAAGUACGAUAGACAAUGGGUUGCUCAUCAGGAUACUUUUGGCGACAUCCUUGCCGAUCUCAAUGCAACCACAGACGCUCCGGCUGAGCGAGUGCUGGCGGAUACGGUUCAAGUUUCAAGUUUGGCAAAAACUGGAAGCAAAUCCGGCCAUAGAUAUGGAAAGUUUACGAAAGCUAAGGAUCUAACUGGUGCCAGUGCAAAGCAUCUAGAAGAAAUAUUUGGUCGCUCUUCAGCGUCGGUCGCUAAAGACAAGGCGAAAAAAGAUGCCGAAGAGGCUGAGGAAAGAGCCAAAGCCGAAGCAAACAAAUCCGCAGUCUGCGAAACAGGCAAAUUUCAGGAGUCCACAAAGCAUGUUGUUUCGAAAGAAACAGUCGCGGACUAUUUUAAACGAAAAAUGGCCGAGAAGUUGGCGAGACAGGCAUUGCCAGUUAUAAAAAAUGAGCCGGUCGAAGAUGCUUCGCCUCUAGACGACACUCCUGCAAUAAAAGUCGAAAUCAAAGAUGAAGUGUGUAUAAAAAACGAACCCAUAAGCGACAGUGAAGAGGUAGAAAUCCCAAAAAAGAAAAAGAAAAAACGUAAAAAAAAUAAAGAAGAGGAAAUAGAAGUCACUGAAGAAGGAGCAAGUGAAGAAGUCGAGGUAAAACAAGAGAUUGUUUCAGAAGAAGAAAUUCCGCCAGAGCCAGUCAAGAAGAAAAAGAAGAAGAAAAAACAUCGUCAAGAGAAAGAGGAGGAAGCUGCUUUGGUUGAGACGGAAGACACUGAGGAGCAAACUUCAAAGAAAGUGAAAAAAUCGAAGAAAAAGAAAGCUCAUUGUGAGCCCGAAGAAGCAGAGGUGCCGGCAAAGAGAAGAAAACAGGAAGACGAAGAGGUCGCAGAAGAAAUGGAGUCGCUUUCAGUCGCGAAAAGGGCCAAAAAGAAAAAGAAAAAAUCUUAA